AAGAAAUUAAAAAUAAUAAAUAAAAAUAAUUUUUUCUAAAAAAAUUAAAUAAAAAUAGAAAAAAUGAGUAUGUCAGGUUAACUCUUGGACGAAACAAAACAAGAAAAAAUAUUCAUGAGAAUAUUAAAAAGAGACGAAAACUUAUUUUGUGCAGAUUGCAACUUAAAAGCUCCGACAUGGGUUUCAUUAGAUUUUGGUGUAUUUUUAUGUAUGGCUUGUUCUGGUGCACAUAGGCAUUUAAGUAGAAAAAUAACAAGAGUUUAUUCCACUAAAAUAGAUAGAUGGAAUAUCGAAAAUGUUGAAAUUAUGGAUUAUAUUGGAAACGGGAUUGCUAAUUCUUAUUGGGAAUUUAAAUAACCUGAGGCCAAUUUAAAAAUAAGAAAAAACAUUAAAUAACCCGGCUUUAUAAGUGAUAAAUGA